CUAGAAGUACUGAACUCAAAUUUUUUUCAACCACUUCAUUGAUAUUCGCAAUUGAAACAACAGUGCUUGUGCGCCGGGUUGAAUCAAACAAUGUUAUCAGAUAAUAUAGAAAAAUUAAUUGAAGAGAAACGGAGGGAAUUAGAAAAGGAAAAAGUUAUCUUGGGGUUAUCACAAGAAAAAGAGCGGUUAAACAGCAAGGAUGAGAAAAACAAAGAUAAUAUAGAAGCACCACAAAGAGUUAAGUUCAACAGAAGGAGAGCUCUGUCAGAGAACAAUGAAACAACUCAAGAGGAAAGUGAAGAAAAAGAUAUUUCACCUGGUUUAGAGCGAUACAUUCGGCGCUACCUGGGUCUUCCAGUUAUGUUAAAGGCAGGUGAAUAUUCCCCCAACAACCCAUUGCUACGAGGGGAGCGGUCAUCCGGCGAUGUUCUUCUUGGGUUGGGGGAGUAUGAGCGACGUAGGAAUACGCUGCGAAAGAUACGACAGAGACAGUAUAAGGAGUAUCUUGAUGAGCAAGCGAAAAUAAAACAAGAAGAGCGAGAAAAGGCAGAGCGCGAGAAAAAGGAGAGAGAAGAAAAAGAAAGAUUGGCAGAAGAAAGAGAAAGAGAGCGCGAACGGCUGGAGUUGGAGAGAGAGAGAUAUAGUCCGGAAAGACGACGAGCCAGCUUCACUAGUAGCAAUGUUUCUGGGGCUAAUAAUGCGUAUAAUAGUAAAGUGGAUACAGCAGUUCAAGUAGACAGACAUAGGCCGCUCUCCGUUGCAGUGCAGACGGACGACAACGAUUUUUUUCCAACAAGAACAGGAAUAUCGCUACCCUCAAAACAGCUCCUAACACAAGCGGAAAGAGAGUUGUCCCCUCGCACUGUAGGUGUCAAACCGGCCACUUGGUCCAGUAACUAUGAAGAUAGAGGCAGGAGAAGAAGGAGCUAUGGCGAUUUUGAUGCUCGGACGUCGUCAAACACAGACAAACAGACGUACAGGCCCUCAAUAUUGGAUGCCGAUGUUAUAUCAUUGAGGAACUUACAAGCUGAAAAGGAGGCUGCAGCGCGACGUCAGUUCUAUCAGCAAGAGUUACGUAAUCAAAUAGAAGAACAGCAGAGAAUAAAAGAAGAGAGGAAGAAUAGAGAAAAAAUGUUGGAACAAGCCGAAAUGAGGCGUCUCGAACAACAACUUCGUUCGUUGAAAAUGGCACAAGAAAGCGAAAUUGAUAGACAUAGAGAUAUCAAUAGCAAGAUGCAGAGAAAUUCAGCGGAAUAUGAUAUGCAGAGGACAUCACUACAGCAGGAAAUAGAUGAAGAAAGAUCUCAAAUGAAACGUCACACAGAUACCAAUAGUUAUUUUGAAAAGCCUUACACCGUUAAUGUACCAGAUACAGCAAUAUUUUCACCUAACUACGAUCUCGAAAAUUACUUGAGAAAAAAUCUCAAUCCAACCAAAGAGAGCCUCCGUCUCGGUAGUAAAAGACAUGAUAACUGGAAAGAAAGAGAAAACUGGUAUGAGGAAACACCGUACCGUCACGAAGUUUAUGAUUAUAAAGAUCUCAAUGAAAACAGGCAAAUAGCAAAUGAAAAAGUUAAAAGCGAUAAAUGUAAGGUAGAUACUAAUAGAUACAGGCAAGCAAGUUAUAGAAGCGAAUUUGAUACUCUGCCCAUACCAGUUUUACGGCAUUCGCCAAAACACCAAGUGAAAGAAGAGGAAAAGUAUGAGAAAAACGAAUUAAGCGAGGAGAUGCAACUUGUUGAUGACAAGUGGAAAGUACCCGCAGUUCAAAAGAAUAUUUUGAAAAAUUUGAAAAGUGAGGGUAGGAAUAUAAAUAUUUUGACCCAACUGGGUUCCAUACGACGCCAACUUCAAUUGGAGCAAAUGAAGUUAGAUAAAAUUAAACAAACCGAUUUUUAAGUAUAUUAUGUCAAAAUUUUAAAUCACAUUUUUUAUGAAUAAAAUACAGCGGUUAGUUAAUUGUUAUUAAUUAAAAAAAGAAUAGACUGAUUGUCAAAUAAAAAUCAAAACGUAACUGAUAAUGUUACUGUGGUCUCUUUCUAAAAUCAUUAACAUGACGUUAACAUUUCGCAAUUACGUCACAUAAAUACUUUGACAAUUUACAUUCGUAAGCAAAAAGAGAAUAGCCAAUACCGCUGUUUCUUCUUAAUAAAUAUAAAUUAAAAUUACAAAUUUAGAGUUCGUGCUAUUAAUUUCAAUUGAGGAAAUACCAAAAUGAAAAUUUAAUGUGUCGUUUUGAAUCUAUGGUCAGUCUAUUUAUCUUUAAAAUUUUAAUAAAUUACCGUCCGUAAGCUUGCUAAAUAAAAUAUUUUUGCUGAAUUUUUAUAAUAUAUUUUAUUAAUAUUCGUUAAUUUGUUCGCUAAUUUUGAUGGAUGUCAAAAUUAAAUCGAGCAAAAUUUGAUUUUAUAUAUUUGUUCUAACUUGUUGUGUUUCAUUGGUGUUGCUAUUUUUUUAUUUGAAUGUGUCUUAUUUUCAUUUAGAAGUGUUAUUUCAUUUUAACUAAACCUGUCUCUUUUCGUCAUACUUAAAAUAUAAAUUGAGAGAAAAAGACGAACGAGUUGCAUGUACUCCGGAAAAUAAAAACAAUCCGAAAUUUCUACUAAUUUGUACACAUUGGAAAUUAACGUAGUUUUAAAAUAUUUCCUUUAAAUGCGGCUUAUUCUAUGCGGGUUUUGAAGUAUUUAAUAAAAUCCUCUAAUAUUCUCCCAUAUUCCAAUAUAGGUCUAGAAUUCAUGGUCAUAUCGUCUAAAUAAUUUGUAAACCAAAUGUUGCUCCUAAAUUCAUACUUCUACUAGAGCAUAGCCAAAAAGUUAUUACGUAGUGUAGUGCCAAAUAGGUUUUUGAUUUUUUAAAUUUUAUCCUUGUCUUCGAGAUUUGAUGAUUGUAAAACAUUUUUAUUAAAGGUAUGAAAAUUGUGAUGAUAAAUCGAAAACAUUUAUGGAAAAUAAUUUUAUUGCACUCUUAAACUACUAUUUGUUCCAUCUCAUUGAAAACACAAUUUGAUAGAAAGAGACGAAAAAGUUUUAGAGUGAGUGAGACAUAGAUCGUUGGUUUGUUCAAGGACAAUAAAAAAAUAUUUUGUUAAUAACUUGAUUAACAGUAAGUUAAAUGUUUUGUAAAACAUGGCAUUCAAACGUAGAUUGGCUUAAAUUGUGGGUACGUUUAUUUGUGGGUACUUUUAAAUAAAAAUGUUUUAACAAUAAACUAUGCACGUUUUCCCAUUUCUAUUAUCAGUAGAAAGUAAUGUUAAGUUUAAUCCUAUAGUUGAAUGUAUUAUGUGCGUUACAAUUUUCUAUUAAUAUUCGUAGUAAGUAGUGUUAUUUAGUAACUGUGUAAUCCAAAAGUGUAUCAAUUAAACAGCAAAAACAAUUAAUUAUACUAAAUCUCAGUGAACCUUAGCAGAAGAAAAAAGUAAUGAAAGAAGUAAAUUGCAGUAAAGAAAUGAUGUAUUAGUAUAAUUGUUAAUUUGGACAACAUUUUAUUUGUCUACAGGAUGGUGCCAGCGGUUUAAUAUUGUUUUCCGAGGUUUUAUCUUUAAAACUUUUUUGAAAGCUUUGCCGCAUUAACGAUAUUAUUAGCAAAUUUUUGUUGAAGUUUCUACGUUUUAAGUGGCCUUUAAUAUUGUCGCGAAUUGCGUUAGUCUUGUGUUAGUUCGCGGAAUAUUGUUAUUAAAAGACUGGUAUAGAUUAAGAACUCGAGCUUGAUUGAGAAAGUGAUAGGUUGAGCCAUAGUGAAGUAAUAUAAUAUGUCACAUCCAUUUUGAAACGCAGUAAAUGAAGAAUGACUAGAUUGUCUUUUUCUAACAUCAUGUAUAAAGCAUAUAAGGGACUGAGUGCUAAAGAUCUCUUACGAUAUUUUUACUUGCGUUGCAAAUUUGAUGUUUUUACUCAUUUUAAUAUAGCGCCAUCUAUAUAAAAUAUACAGUUAAAAUAAAAUAAAAAUUAAUAUUAAGCUUUGUAUGGUUUUUAAUCUGUUGCUAUAAGUAAUAAUUAUUUAAAUAAAAUAAUGUUAUAAUCGAA